CAUAUUUAGAACCUACCUGGGGAGUCUAGGUUCUAUUGGAAUGAGGAUAAGAGGAUGGUCUCCACGGAUUGGGCAAUAUGGGUGCAAUAUUGUGAGAGGCGCAGUUGGGCAUUAAAGUACAAGAGCAGAGCUUCCCUCCCAUGGAUGACAUGGAGUGUUGGCCCGAAAUCUUUGACGGUGAGGGAUAAUCAGCCUGAGCCAGAUCAUAAGGAAUUGAAUCGGAUAUCUCAAGAGGUGAAGGAGGCAGUAGCCACAAAGUUACUAUCGGAUGCCACUAGCGGGGAUGUUGGUGUUGCUCCUCUGGCAAAUGAAAGAGGAAUCGUGGUCAGUCAUAUACAGUUGUGGGGCCAUUGUGGAGGUAACAAGCCAUGUCAAUAGGACAAUACUUGGCUUCUGCAAUUGGAUCAUUGUCGAUCUCAAUGGAUAGGAUAUUCGAUCAUUCAUUUCUUUUGCAGACAUAUGAUGCAUAGAUACUGUGUCUGAUGUUUAAAAAAAGGAAGGCAUUGAUUCAUAGCUCUAGAUCAAGGCUGCUAACUAGUUUAUAGAUUCUAUGAAAGCCCGCAUGUUCCUGUCCAUUGAUCGUAAGUUGUGGUUGCAGUCCCAUUUCCCUCAGGACUUUUAGCUUGCUUGUUUGGAUUUUUUUUGGAACAAUGGAACUCAAACCCCUUUCAUAUUAAAGAGAGGACUUCUUUUCUGUUUAUUGUAGUUGUUUGUGUGGAUGUUUUAUGUGGACAAAACUAGUUCUUUAUUAUG